GAUUUUCAUAUUUAUUUCCGAUGAAACGUGAUGUAGUGUUACAAUUACUUAAAGAAGGAUUUCAACAAAUAUCAGAAAUACAUCCUGCCUAUAUGCCACUUCAUUAUUUUUUUAUAUUUCCUAAAGGCGAUGAUGGAUAG